AUGGCAGGGACAGAGUCGAGCGUUACUGAAGAGGAUGCGCCGGUAGCAAGGGCGAAGAAACAGCCCGACAAGCACAGUUUCGAUUAUAUCUGGCGCUCCUUUGUUGCGGGUGGUCUUGCAGGGUGUGCUGCCAAGACCACCGUUGCGCCACUCGACCGCGUCAAGAUUCUUUUCCAAACCAGCAACCCGCAAUUCGCCAAAUAUCAAGGCUCAUGGGUGGGCGUCGCGCGGGCCAUGCACGACAUCUACGGCCGGGACGGCGUAAUGGGCCUCUUCCGGGGACACUCCGCGACACUCCUCAAGAUUUACCCCUACGCCGCCAUCAAGUUCGUGGCGUACGAGCAAUACCGCGCCCUGCUGAUUGGCUCCAAACAACACCACGAAACGUGGAUCCGGCGCUUCUCAGCCGGCGCGCAAGCCGGCGUCACGUCCGUCUUUUUUACGUACCCGCUCGAAGUCAUCCGCGUGCGUCUGGCGUUCGAGACAAAGCAUAGGAGCUCGUCGCUCGCAGACAUAUGCAAGAAGAUCUACGGCGAACACCCCUUGCCGAAACCGCAACCACACACGGCGGCGGCGGCGGCGACGACGACGGUGGAAGCCGUGGUACCGCGGUCUGGCCUGGUCAAUUUUUAUAGAGGCUUCUCGACGACGCUGCUGGGCAUGGUGCCAUAUGCGGGCAUGUCGUUCCUCACACACGACACGGCGGGUGACUUGUUCCGAGGGCCUUCGAUCCGGAAAUACACCACUCUCCCCAAACCUGCCAACUCACCUCCUGACAAGCCAGCACCGCUGAAAGCAUGGGCCGAGCUCGUGGCAGGAGGCAUUUCCGGCGCCGUGUCCCAGACGGUCUCGUACCCCCUCGAAGUCAUCAGGCGGCGAAUGCAAGUCGGCGGCGCCGUUGGGGACGGACACCGCCUGCGCAUAGGAGAGACGGUCGGUUUGAUCUUCAAGGAGCGUGGCAUCCCGGGCUUCUUCGUCGGGCUGACCAUAGGCUACGUGAAGGUGGUGCCCAUGGUGGCCGUGAGUUUCUAUACUUAUGAGAGGAUGAAGACAUUGUUCGGUAUAUAG